AUGUCGUCUCUACUUCCUAAAUCCCCUUCAUCGGCUUCCAAGAUUAAUAUUACCACAGGCCAGCUUCCCUCAUAUGUGGACGCCACGCAGGCUCCGACUAAGAAAUCUCCAUGGCGCACUAUCCGGGGGCUCGAAUAUAAUCACUAUGCCACGGUCAUUCUUCCCGAUGAGCUAUACAGCCUCCUUUGGAAGAAAGUGGACGCGAGCAUGGAGCCAGUAAAAUAUGCAAAGGUCAUCAUGAAGCUAGCAGAUGUACUCAGUGGGGAUUUCUUCACGGAAUAUGUAAAAAGAGGUAACAUUCUCAUGGUCUCAGAGGGCGAAGCUGGUGUUGAUAACAUCUUUUCGUUGAAAGAAGGAGUCCUGAGACUGGAGCUUUCGAAAGAAUCAUAUGAGCGGGCUGGUCUGCAAGGCAAGCCCAUACCUUCUGGUGGCAGCAAGCACGUCAAGUUGAGAUAUCUCGUAGAGGUUGACCUUCGUCUCCCGUCAAUGUUACACGGAAAAAAGGGCUUCGAGCGGCUCGUCUGGGCCGCAAAGCAUGCUCUAAACCAAAGCCUCACCUGGCUCUUCAUCGACCUCAAUACAAAAACUGGAGAUAUCUCGGAUCAGAGUACACUGCCUCUGAGCGCACACCAUCCUACAAUCCACAUGAUUUCACCAGUGACACAGUCUCUGACAAACGUCUUGACUCCUCGUACAUUGACCGCAAUAUCUGAUGAAUUAUCCCUUCAACCUGCAGAGGCGCACGAGUCUCUGUAUGAUAUGUUGGAAUACGUCGAUAUGCUCUCACUAGCUUCGCCACGCGUACAAGCCACCGACCAGGCUCACUCUUUCCUCAGCCAAUAUCAGGUGCCUGACCUCUCAGACGAUCCAGAUUCAGGCAGUUCAGGACAGACAGUCAAAGUUCUCACAUGGUCCGGUCUCAUACCAUCGCGAUGGAUAUUGGAACUAUUGUGCGCUGUCGUGUAA